AAGAUGUCCCGUUUGUUGCUUCUUGUGGCAUGUUCAUGCUUUGGGAGAGGAAAUUCGGUUGAAAAUUCGUCCAUUAUGACACGCCUGCCAGACAUUGUGGCGGAAUUCUGCCCCGGCGCUAACGUGUGUCUUGAAAACCAGUCGUCUCAAGUACAAACGAAAGUGUUCAGACCUGGAACUGAAUCUUGUUGUACUGGUUGCUCAUGUGACCCACGCUGUGCGGAAAAUGGAAAAUGUUGUUUCCCGUACGAGGAGACAUUGCAUCAACAAGGAAAAGAACGCAUGGAAAAUUUUGGAAAAGGCUUUUCCUGUCUGUUCCCAAUGACAAUACCACCAGCAGAAAGGGAUCGACAUCGGUUUCAUUCAUACAAGAUGGUUUCCUUGGUUCCUGGAAACGAUCAAGAUUCUAGGGAACUGGCAUCCAAUAUUCCUUGUGGAGAUACAAUUGUAGCUCCUUGGGGCAGUUUGUAUCCCGUAUACUCGGCAAAAUCCAAACAGUUAUAUAAGAAUAUGAAAUGUGCAAUUUCCGAUGGUGUAACUGACGGCAUACUUUGGGAUGCCGUACUUGAUUGCAAUACAGUUAUAGAUAUUAGGUCAGAUGUAAACAAAUUUCUCCUCGAGCUAGAGUCAAAUUCAAUUCCUAAUCACUGUACUGUGAGAUUCAUCUUUCCAGGUCAUUUUGAAAAUAUGCACCCAUUCAAAUGCUUUCUAUCGCUCAUAGAUACCUGUCCUGAGUCGUCUGAAUUUGAAAUACCCGAAAGUUCUGGUCUUUCAAGGGAAAAUAUAAUGCAUUUGUGUACAAGCGGGUUUGUAUCGCCUUAUCGGCAGUUGAAAUUGUAUGCCAACGUAUUUUGUCAUAUUUGUAAUGCUGAGUUCUUUAUAAAGGAGAUGUUUUGCAAAAAGAUUCAAGACGAUGGACGUAAACGUAUCUUUAAAGGCGGAUUUGCCGGGCUGAUUGACGGAGAUUUUAUUAAUAAUGGCCGACUGGACAACCUUGGAGAGGCAACGGACGUUCCAGUUGCAUGCGGCAUUGUAAAUACCAGCGUAUGUCGACCAGUGUUUUGUCCAUCAGGGCAGCUGCGGGACAGAACCGGUAGAUGCACAUAUCCGAACAAAUUUUGGUACGACCAGGAAUAUACUGUUUAUAUCAAACUUUCGACAGAAAAGAUCAUCAAUAUUACUGAAGUGUUUGAGAUUCCACUUGGUUCUGUCUGGACAAGGAAUUUGCCUGAUCUCAAAUCGCCAUGGCCAAACCACUGGAUUUUUGAAUCACUAUAUCAUGAAUUUACGGAUAAAGACACUUCAUCUUUUUUAGCCAUAAUUAGAACCAAACUAUCAACCGUAGAGCCCGGGCGUAUCGUGCAAAAUAUAAACAGGACGGUGACGAGAGAAUGGUUGUUAAAACAUAACAAUGUCACAAUUGUUCUAAAAGCAAACUUUAUGCCGACAUCUACGAUUAACUUUGUAGAUAAUGAUACCGAAGCCAUGUCAGUCUCCGGCAAUCUUUCCGAGAAUCUCGAGCAACCGCGGUACCGCCUCGUGUACCAAGGAUGGAAUACUAAAACAGACCUGCAUAUGAUCACGAAGCUCUAUCUUUGCGACCAGGUUGAACUGAAUCAGUUUGAAUUUAUUCUAAUCCGAGACGAGAAAACACUUUACAAUAUUAUCACACAGCGUUUCAUGUUUGACGGCGAGUUUGCACUCAUAUCGAGCAGCGCGUUUGAAGGAGUUCGCGCUAGAAUUUGCAUUGAAGACUCCGGAAUGUACAAAACCUUCAAAGUCACAAUGCAGAAUGUAGGCGCAUUUCGUACAGUCUAUGUCCUUGGACUUGUUGCUGCAGCAUUGCUUUUUCGUGUUUUGUAAAUUCAAUACAAAGUAUAUGUACUGUUCUGUCUGAUGUAUAAAAGUGUUAAAGUAACUGUUCAGUUGCAGGAAACAAAAAAAAGUAAAUGAUACACCGGGAUAGUGGUUAGUAUCAACAUUUCGUGCUUUGAA